CUCUUCUAUGAUCUACUAAUAUUUUACAUGAUACUAAUUUUCCCCGUUUUAAUUUCUUUACUAUUAUUUCAGUACUAGAAUUCCAACAAGCAAGGGAUAGCUAGGUUUCCUGAAAAAACUUCUAUCCACGUUCUGUUUGCGUGUGUGAAUGACUGCAUGAGAUGCACUCGUAUGCUAAACUAAAAUUCUUGCACGACACAAACACGAGUCCGUAGAUAUAUAAUCUACGUAUUAAUACAAAGCAAGCAGGGAGAGCUGAGCAGAAACAAGGAGCACAGCUUGGAACAAGGGGAUCUUUCUUGUAUCGAAUCUAGUCUUUUACUGCUGUCCUUCAGCUAUUAUCAACAUUUUUUUAUAUUAAUCCUCCAACAACGGAUAGUAGCCCUGUUUAGUAGUCUGUGAUAGCUGAUAACAAUGGCCGAAAUGCAGCUAAAUGAAAUAAGAGUUGAUCCGUUGACGAACAGGCAGGAAGAUCCUCUAAGCAACAGACCUGAGCGAGGGUCAAAGAUGGCCAUGUCAGAAAUACAAGGUACCUCAUCGCAAACAAAUGAGCAUUGUUUGUGUCUUAGCGGCAUAAUGAGAGGAUUUGAAGAGGCUAAAACCAAGCAACAGUCAGGGCCAAUGAUUCCAAAGGUUCCAGAUAAUCUCAAGGAUGAUGAAAACAAGAAAUACUACAAGCCCUCGGUGGUCUCAAUUGGUCCUUAUCACUAUAAGGAUCGUCAAAACAAGCUCCAUGAGGCGGAGAAACUGAAGGUUCAGAUGGCUCGUGAAUUCGUCCUGUAUAGUAAGAAAGACAUGGAAAUCUUAUACAGCGAGGUUGCAAAGGUGGCAGAGAAUGCAAAGAGAUUUUACGAGGGGAGCUCAAUAAGAUGCUUUGAUGAUGAGCAAUUCACGCAGAUGAUGUUUCUUGAUGGUUGCUUUAUUCUCCAAUUCAUCCGUUGUGUCAGUACUACUGACAAUAUUAAAAAUAUGAGUGAUCAACAAAUUUUCCAUGUUAAGCAGGACCUGCUAUUGUUGGAAAAUCAGCUCCCUUUUCCAGUCUUGAAGUCAUUGAUGAGCUUGACGCCCGAUGGAAAAGAUCAUGGAAUGAAAAUCAUCAAUGAUUUUCUCUCACUCCAAAUUCUCCAACAAAGUAAUCAUCAACGACGUCCUGUGCUCACUUGGCUUGUUAAAGGGUAUCUCCUGUUACUUCUUAUAUAUACUACAGUAGCUUACCCUUUCCAUGUUCUUCAAGGCUCAGAGGACUCCCUUUUUUUCUCCCCUCUUUUUGGCAUCUUGGUUGCUGGCGUGAUAUUUGUUUGCCAAAUGGUCGCCUCGCUUAUGAGGUCACUCCUAUGCGAAAACAAAUGGCAGGCGGCAAAAUAUCAUUGGCCCCCUCAUCAAGAGCCUGUCCAUAUUCUUGAACUUCUAUACUCCAUGUUCAUACGUUCUCCAAAAGAAAAACAUAAGCUGUCUCUAAGAAGCUGCUGUAUUCAUUACUUGUCUGAGUGUCUUGGGAAUUUAUUUCCUAAAUCCAAGCCGGGCAAACGUGGCCACAAUUUGUAUUAUUCUGCUAAGGAUCUUCAGAAGGUGGGAAUCUACUUUAAGCCUAGCAAGACAAACACUUUGAUGGAUGUCGAGUUCGUGUCAUCAAUUUUCUAUGCAACAUUGAAACUUCCUUCAAUUACUAUAGAAAAAGCAACCAGGUCCAUGCUGUUGAACUUAGUGGCCUACGAAACAGCUGCUUUUCUCGAUGAUCUUUGGGUCACUUCUUAUAUAUGCUUCAUAGACUCGCUCAUUAAUGAUGCUGAAGAUGUGAAAGUGUUGAGGUCAAAGGGCAUACUUACCAAUUAUCUUGGACCUGACCAGAAGGUAGCGGAUCUCUUCAAUCAAAUUGGCCGUUCCCUAGAACCCAAUGUUAGUUAGUGGAGACAAACAAUGUCCCACCAUAUGCAAGUGGGAAUACCUAAUCUCCCACUUGGCACAUGGUGGAGGACACAAAGUGGAGGCAACGGUGGGCAUCAAUCAUGCCCCUUCAAUCAUCAAUUGUAUAUGUAUAGCUGUGUGUGUAUGAAGAACAUAGAGAGAGCAGCGUGAGAAACAGAGAGAGUAGAGAGAACAGAGAAGAAUAGAGAGAGCUUGAGAGAGUAGAGUUGAGUUGAGAGAGUUUUAUCUCCUCCUCCUUUGUUUGUAUUGUUUGUAAGCUUCAUUAAUACAAACCAGUAGCUCCGUGGAGUAGGCAAGUUGCCGAACCACGUAAAUUGUGUGUGUUUGAGUUCUGGAAAUUUCCCAACAACUGGUAUCAGAGCUUGUUCUUGACAAAGAGGGUGUUUGAUCCAAACUCAAAAAUCAAAGUUCUCCAAACGUGUUUUUGAACAUACCAUCGUGUAGAGGACAACCGGACGAAUCCCCUGUUGCAAACCCGGCGAAGAACCGACGUCCUGCAUGCCCGCACGCGCCAACACGCUCCGACGCCCAGACUGCCCACGCGCACCAACGCGCCGUACGCGCGCCACGCUCCAUCUUCGCCCGGCUUCUGCAAAACGGGUCGGGCUGACCCGCCACGUCAUCACAGCCGUACGGUCCACGUCCGCGUCACCUGCCACGUCACCUGCCACGUCACCUGACACGUCAUCUCUGAGUUUUGUUCCGAUGUGUCGCAGAAGCUGAUAUUCUGACACGUGGCUACAUCAUAACCGUUGAGGGGUUUUGAUCCAGUACGACGCAGGAUCCAAUCAAUUGACACGUGGUUAAAUCAGGACCACUAUUGAGUAUUGAUCCAGUGUGACUCAGGCCAUAAUCUUCUGACACGUGGCUUCAUCAUAACCGUUACUGAGUUUUGAUACGGUGUGACGCAGGACCUAAUCUGCUGACACGUGGCUUCAUCAGAACCGCUACUGAGGUUUUGAUCCGGUGCGACGCAGGCGGUACUCUGGUUGACACGCGGCUGCAUCUGCACCGUCCGUUAAUUCAAAACUUUGAUUGCUAAAAUCUGAGCCAUCCGAAGUCCGAUUGGGGUGAUCUCAGUGUCAUUUCCAAGGUUUUCGGCUGUUCCGGACACAUCUGUAAGGUCAGAUUUGGGAAAUUCGAAUCGGAGAAGUAGUAAAAAUGGCAGAUGAAAUAAAAGCUGCGGGAAUUGAAAAAUUUGAUGGAACAGAUUUUGGAUACUGGAAAAUGCAAAUUGAGGAUUAUCUAUAUGGGAAGAAACUUCAUCUUCCCUUGUUGGGGAGCAAACCAGAAAAUAUGCAAGAAGAAGAUUGGCUACUUCUUGAUAGACAAGUUCUGGGCAUUGUCCGGUUAUCCUUAUCAAGAAGAGUUGCUCACAAUGUUACGAAAGAAAGAUCCACUGCAAGAUUGAUGGAAGCCUUGUCUGGGAUGUAUGAGAAGCCAUCAGCAAAUAAUAAAGUGCACCUGAUGAAAAAGUUGUUCAACUUGAAGAUGGUCGAAAACACUUCUGUGACACAACACCUCAAUAACUUUAAUACCAUCACAAAUCAAUUGUCAUCUGUUGAGAUUGAGUUUGAUGAUGAGAUCCGUGCACUCAUUUUGCUAGCUUCACUUCCAAGCAGUUGGGAAGGUAUGAGGACAGCCGUGAGCAAUUCAGCUGGAAAAUCCAAACUGAAGUAUGAUGACAUUCGAGACUUGAUUUUGGCUGAAGAAGUGCGAAGGAAAGACUCGGGUGAAAGUUCAAGCUCAGGAUCAGCUCUCAACAUCAACACUCGAGGGAGGAGACAUGAUAGAGGCUUAUCCAGAGGCAGAUCAAAAUCAAGAUAUAGAAGUAAAAGCAAGUUUGGACCCAGAAAGCAGGUUGAAUGUUGGAAUUGUGGCAAACCUGGUCAUUUCAUGAGGAAUUGCACAAAACCAAAAAAACCUGAAGCUGACUCUGCAAACGCUACCACAAAUGAGGUGCAAGAUGCUUUGAUUCUUGCUGUGCAUAGUCUUGUUGAUGAUUGGGUUCUUGAUUCUGGUGCUUCAUUUCACUGUACACCACACCAUGAAAUGAUGCAAAACUAUAUUGCUGGAGAUCACGGUGUAGUCUAUCUGGCCGAUGGACAACCAUUGGAUAUUGUGGGUUUAGGAGAUGUACAAAUCAAGACAAUGAAUGGAUCUAUAUGGACCUUGCAAAAUGUAAGGCAUGUUCCUGAUCUAAAGAAGAAGCUGAUCUCGGUCGGACAACUUGAUGAUAGUGGUCAUUCAAUCCUUUUUUCUGGAGGUAUGUGGAAGGUAUCAAAGGGAGCAAUGGUUUUGGCUCGUGGAAAGAAAACCGGUACCCUGUAUAUGACCACAAGAUUUGCAGAUAUUAUUGCCUCUACUGAAGCAGAAAAUCAAGCACAUCUAUGGCACUGUAGACUCGGCCAUAUGAGUCAAAAGGGGAUGAAGAUACUUCAGUCGAAGGGAAAGCUGGCAGAAUUAAAAAAUGUCGAUCUAGACAUUUGUGAAAGCUGUGUUCUUGGAAAACAGAAAAAGAUCAGUUUCUUGAAGGUUGGCAGGACUUUAAGACCAAGAAAGCUAGAGCUGGUACACACAGAUUUAUGGGGACCGUCUCCAGUAGCAUCUCUUGGAGGUUCUCGAUAUUACGUGACUUUCAUUGAUGAUUUCAGCAGGAAGGUAUGGGUUUACUUUCUGAAAAAUAAAUCUGAUGUGUUUGAAACAUUCAAGAAAUGGAAGGCUAUGGUUGAGACUGAAUCAGGUCUAAAGUUGAAAUGCUUAAGAUCUGAUAAUGGAGGAGAAUACAUUGAUGGAGGUUUCAAGGAGUAUUGUGCUGUCAAUGGUAUCAGAAUGGAAAAGACCGUUCCAGGCACACCGCAACAGAAUGGCGUUGCUGAACGGAUGAACAGGACCAUCAAUGAACGAGCUAGAAGCAUGAGGUUGCAUUCAGGGUUACCUCAAACAUUCUGGGCCGACGCAGUUCAUACCGCAGUUUACUUGAUCAACCGUGGACCAUCAGUUCCUUUGGAGUUCAGACUGCCCGAGGAAGUAUGGAGAGGAAAAGAGGUACAACUCUCUCAUUUAAAGGUCUUUGGGUGUGUUUCCUAUGUUCAUAUAGAUUCUGAUGCUCGCAACAAGUUGGAUGCCAAAUCCAAGAAAUGUUUCUUCAUCGGCUAUGGAGAUGAAGAAUUUGGAUAUCGGUUCUGGGAUGAUCAGAAUAGAAAGAUUAUCAGAAGCAGGAACGUGAUCUUCAAUGAGAAAGUUCUGUACAAAGACAGAUCAAGUGCAGAAACAGAUAAGGCUGAUUCAGAUACAAGUCCACAAGGAUCUGAAUUCAUAAGAUUAGAAGGCCUUCCCGAUGUUACUGAGCAGAACAACAAUCAAGAGCCUUUACAAGAAGACUCAAGCAUAUCUGUACCCGCUACUACACAAGAAGAAGCGGAGCAAAUUGAACCAGCUGUUCGCAGGUCUUCGAGGACGAUAAAGCCCCCGCAACGGUUCACACUUUUACUGAAUUACAUUUUGUUGACAGAUGGUGGUGAACCGCUAACUUAUGAAGAAUCCUUACAAGAUGGAAACUCAAGCAAGUGGGAGUUAGCCAUGAAGGAUGAGAUGAGUUCGUUGCUGAAGAACAAGACUUGGGAGCUAACCACACUGCCUGAAGGAAAGAAGGCUUUACAAAACAAGUGGGUUUACAGAGUGAAGACUGAGCAUGACGGAAGUAAACGGUUCAAGGCAAGACUUGUUGUCAAAGGGUUUCAACAAAAGAAAGGCAUUGACUACUCUGAGAUAUUUUCUCCAGUUGUGAAGCUCACAACAAUCAGAGUUGUUCUGGGGAUAGUAGCUGCAGAAAAUUUACAUCUUGAACAGUUAGAUGUAAAAACAGCAUUCCUUCAUGGUGACUUGGAGGAAGAUAUUUACAUGCAACAGCCAGAGGGGUUUGCAAUGCAAGGAAAGGAGAAUCAAGUCUGCAAGCUACAGAAAAGCCUAUACGGUUUGAAGCAAGCUCCAAGACAGUGGUACAAGAAGUUUGACAACUUCAUGUGCAGUUCCGGGUAUACAAGAUGCCAAGCUGAUCAUUGUUGCUAUGUCAAACAUUUUGACAACUCCUACAUCAUUCUACUAUUAUAUGUAGAUGAUAUGUUGAUUGCAGGAUCCAGCAUUGAGGAGAUUGAUAAGCUGAAACAGCAGUUGUCAAAACAGUUUGAAAUGAAGGAUCUGGGAGCUGCUAAACAAAUACUUGGCAUGAGAAUCUUCAGAGAUAAAGACAAAGGCGUACUAAAGCUUUCACAAACAGAGUAUGUCAAGAAGGUUCUCAGCAGGUUUAGUAUGGAUAAUACUAAACCAGUAAGUACACCACUGGGGAAUCAUUUCAAGCUCAGCAAAGAUCAGUCACCAAAAACUGAGCAAGAAUGUGGAUACAUGGAUAAGAUUCCAUACGCCUCAGCUAUCGGCUCUUUGAUGUAUGCUAUGGUCUGUACCAGACCAGACAUUGCCCAUGCAGUGGGAGUUGUAAGCCGAUAUAUGAGCAAUCCUGGAAAGCAGCAUUGGGAGGCGGUCAAAUGGAUCAUGAGGUACUUAAAAGGUUCCUCGGAAACUUGUCUCAGUUUCACAGCUGGUGGUUUGAAACUUGAAGGUUUUGUAGAUGCUGAUCUAGCAGGAGAUGUUGAUAGCAGAAAGAGCACUACAGGAUAUGUUUAUACUCUAGGAGGUACUGCUGUUUCCUGGAGUUCUACCUUGCAAAAGAUCGUUGCUCUUUCAACAACAGAAGCUGAAUAUGUUGCAGUCUCAGAAUCUGCAAAAGAGAUAGUAUGGUUGCAGAGUUUCCUGAAGGAAUUGGGCAAGUUGAAUGGAAAAGGUACUUUGUAUAGCGACAGUCAAAGUGCAAUCUUCCUUGCCAAGAAUCCAGCAUUUCACUCCAGGACGAAGCAUAUUCAGAUCAAAUAUCACUUCAUCCGACAAUUGCUAGACGAUGAACAACUGAUGCUAGAAAAGGUCUGCGGAAGCAAGAAUCCAGCUGACAUGUUAACCAAAGGAGUUACACUUGAUAAACUGAAGUUGUGUAAAACUUCAGUUGGUCUUCAAGGAUAAAUGAUGAUUUCAUUGUUUGUCUCCAAGUGGGAGAUUGUUAGUUAGUGGAGACAAACAAUGUCCCACCAUAUGCAAGUGGGAAUACCUAAUCUCCCACUUGGCACAUGGUGGAGGACACAAAGUGGAGGCAACGGUGGGCAUCAAUCAUGCCCCUUCAAUCAUCAAUUGUAUAUGUAUAGCUGUGUGUGUAUGAAGAACAUAGAGAGAGCAGCGUGAGAAACAGAGAGAGUAGAGAGAACAGAGAAGAAUAGAGAGAGCUUGAGAGAGUAGAGUUGAGUUGAGAGAGUUUUAUCUCCUCCUCCUUUGUUUGUAUUGUUUGUAAGCUUCAUUAAUACAAACCAGUAGCUCCGUGGAGUAGGCAAGUUGCCGAACCACGUAAA